AUGGAGGAUUCAGGAAUUCCAAGCUGGUGUUCAGCCGAAGGUUUUUCAUCAAUUGGUGAUUGCAAAAGCACUAUUGUUGCUGGAAUUUUGUCAUCACCCACACCCACACAUAGUGAGUCAAUUGGUGAGGCAGAAACGAGCGAAGGUGUGGCCGUCAACAGUAUGGAUGAUGUGGCACAAACCCAGUGGGAUUGUUUGAACGAGAUUGAGUUUAAGAAGCAUCAUUUUUUGACUCGGCAAGUAGCUUUUGAAUUCUACAACUUUUUUGCCAGAGUUAAAGGGUUCUCUAUUCGGAAAAGCAAGGUUUUGAGAAACAAAAAAGGGGAGAUAGUGCGGCAAGAUCUAGUGUGUCAUAAGGAAGGCUUUCGUGAAGAAAAAAACAGAAUGAGGGAAAAUCGCAAGCGGGAGACAAAAGUAGAGACAAGAUGUGGAUGCUCAGCUAAAAUGAGGAUUCGAUUGGUUGCUGAAAGUAGUAGGUGGCAUGUUGUGUUUUUUGGAGAUGCUCACAAUCAUGCUAUGUUAGAGGGAAACCAAUCAUCCAUGUUGCCAGCACACCGGCACUUAAAAGAUGGUGAUAUAGCUGGUCUGAACAGUAUGAGACAAGCCGGAAUUAGCACCUAUGACAUAUACAAUCUAAUGGCUGACCAAUCUGGAGGAUUUGAAAAAAUCAAUGCACUGAAAGUUGACAUGUUUAAUCAAAUGACGAAGCAGAAACAAAAGGAGCAGUGUGAUGCGAAAGCUGUUUUAGUAUACCUUAAGGGACUUGCUUCGGGUGAUGCUGGAAUGUUUUGGUCACACCAUGCAGAUGAAGAUGGUAAUUUAAAACAAGUGUUUUGGGCUGAUGGGAUUAGUAGAAUGGAUUUUCAGGUGUUUGGUGAAGUUCUUGCUUUUGACGCAACAUACCGGAAGAACCGGUACGGGUGUCCCAUAGUUGUUCUAGUUGGAGUUAACCAUCACUGUCAGACAAUUGUAUUUGGCACAGCAGUUUUGACUAAUGAGAAAGAGGAAAGCUAUGUGUGGGUUUUGGAGCAGUUUUUGGCAGCAAUGAAGGGGAAACAACCAGCGGCAGUUAUAACUGAUGGGGCUCCCGCCAUGCGGAACGCUAUCACUCGUUUACUACCCAAAGCUCAUCACCGACUUGAUUUAAAUCUUGAAGACAAUCCAUGGGUUCAAGGAUUGUAUGAGAAGAGGCACAUGUGGGCUACUUGUAUGAUGCGGGGGAAGUUCUUUGCCGGUUUUCGCACUACUUCACGGUGUGAAGGUAUGCAUUCUCAAAUUGGUCGGAUUGUGCGUUCCAGAAAUAGCUUACUUGAGUUUGUUCAAUACUUUGAACGUUACGUGAACUACAUGAGAUGGAGAGAGGUUGAUGCAAACUAUAAGUCUGUGGUAGGAGAUGCUGUUCCAAAGACCAACGUGCGUGCCCUUGAACUAUGUGCUGCAAAUCUUUACACAAGGACGGUAUUCUUAAAGUUUCGCUCAUGGCUUAGUAGUGGAAGCCUAGUGAAGGUUGCUGGCAUGAAGGAUACCUCCUCAUGUAUUAUAUAUUCCAUGUACAGGUACUGUAAACCUGCGAAACUGUGGUAUGUGGCACAUGAUGAACAGACGUCAACAUUUAGGUGUUCAUGUCAGCGGAUGGAGACCUUUGGGCUUCCUUGUGAUCAUAUAAUAGGUCUGUUGGUGCAUUUGGACAUUGAUGUCAUCCCAAAAAGUUUAGUAUUGCAAAGAUGGUGUAAGUCAGCAAAAGAAUCUAUGAAGGGGAAUUCAGAAUCUGCUUUCAAAUUCUGGGAGUCAACCGUUUUGGCUAGGCUGGGUUCGUUGGUGAUGAGAAGUAGAGAAAUGUUUAACCUUGGAUGUGAAUCAAUGGAGGACUAUCUGGAUACAGUUGAUGUCAUGGCCAAGCAUGUUGAGAAACUAAAGGCUAAGAAGGUUGAAAACAAGGGACCUGAUGAUGAGGACACAAAUAUUAAUGGUGUGGAUAUUAAAGGGAUUGAUGAAGUGAAAAAUCCGCAUGUAGUCAAGAGUGGCAGUUCAAGUGGCACCAAAAGGAAGUGUAGUGUUUGCAAGCAGGGGGGUCACAACAAAACCACAUGUCCAGAUAACAAAAGGCAGAAAGUUUCAGCUGUAAGUGGUCUAGGUGUGGAAGGUGGCCAUGCUUAA